UUCUUUUUCUCCUCCUUUUCGCUCUGUUCAAAAUUCAUGAGACUCUUACCAGAACUUUUUUUAAUGCACGCAAAUCCCAAGCAAACCCAGAGUUCGUUUCUUCUCAAUAAGGAAAGUUAAAGUUUAUUUGUAUGCUACGUUCACGACAUGAGUUAUAGGAAAACAGAGCAUCGCUUACCGAUACAAAGAACCUACUGAAUUUAGCAUUGUAAACUAUUUUAACGUUUGAGACUGGUUUUUCUUGUUCUAUAAUGGCCGGAAAUGAGUGGAUAAAUGGGUAUUUGGAGGCCAUAUUGGAUAGUGGAGCGGGUGCUAUUGAAGAACAAAAACCGACUCCAGCUGUGAAUCCAGGAGAGCAAGGACAUUUUAAUCCAACCAAGUAUUUUGUGGAGGAGGUGGUUACCGGAGUCGAUGAGACUGAUUUGCAUAGGACUUGGAUUAAGGUGGUUGCCACCCGCAACACCCGCGAGCGCAGCUCUAGGCUGGAAAACAUGUGCUGGCGUAUUUGGCACCUUACUCGCAAGAAGAAACAGUUGGAAUGGGAAGGACAACAAAGGUUGGCAAGUCGAAGAUUGGAAAGAGAACAAGGACGCAGGGAUGUAACUGAAGACAUGUCUGAGGACUUGUCAGAAGGAGAGAAAGGGGAUAUUGUGGCAGAGCUGCUGCCACAUGAGACCACAGUGAAAAAAUUUCAGAGGAACUUUUCCAACUUGGAAAUUUGGUCUGAUGAUAAAAAGGAAAAUAAACUCUACAUUGUUCUUAUCAGUUUACAUGGUCUAGUUCGUGGAGAGAAUAUGGAGCUUGGUCGCGAUUCCGACACUGGUGGACAGGUCAAAUAUGUGGUAGAACUUGCUCGAGCACUCGCUAGAAUGCCUGGGGUAUACAGGGUGGAUCUUUUUACUCGCCAAAUUUCUUGUCCUGAAGUUGACUGGAGCUAUGGUGAGCCAACGGAGAUGCUAACUGCAGGACCUGAAGAUGAUGGUGAAGCCGGAGAGAGUAGUGGCGCGUAUAUCGUUAGGAUUCCCUUUGGUCCACGUGAUAAGUACCUAAGGAAAGAAUUACUUUGGCCCUAUGUUCAAGAAUUUGUGGACGGAGCUCUUGCUCACAUUCUUAACAUGUCAAAAGUUUUGGGUGAACAAAUUGGAGAGGGAGGCCCUAUAUGGCCGUAUGUAAUUCAUGGUCAUUAUGCUGAUGCAGGGGAUAGUGCUGCGCUUUUAUCAGGUGCUUUAAAUGUGCCAAUGGUAUUAACAGGACACUCGCUUGGAAGAAACAAGCUCGAACAGCUUCUUAAGCAAGGACGACAAUCAAAGGAGGACAUCAAUUCAACAUAUAAAAUAAUGAGGAGAAUAGAGGGAGAAGAGCUUGCACUUGAUGCUGCAGAACUUGUGAUCACAAGUACCAAACAAGAAAUUGAAGAGCAAUGGGGACUUUAUGAUGGGUUUGAUGUCAAGCUUGAGAAAGUUUUGCGUGCUCGUGCUAGACGUGGGGUCAAUUGCCAUGGCCGUCACAUGCCAAGGAUGGUGGUUAUUCCUCCUGGUAUGGACUUCAGCAAUGUUGUGGUUCAGGAAGAUGCCCCUGAUGUUGAUGGGGAACUUGCAUCGCUUAUUGGUGGUAGUACUGAUGGGUCUUCCCCAAAAGCAAUCCCAGCUAUAUGGUCUGAUGUCAUGCGGUUCCUUACUAAUCCCCAUAAGCCAAUGAUUUUGGCCCUGUCAAGGCCUGACCCAAAGAAGAAUAUUACCACUCUAUUGAAAGCCUUUGGAGAGUGUCGUCCAUUGAGGGAGCUCGCCAAUCUUACACUGAUAAUGGGGAACAGGGAUGACAUAGAUGAAAUGUCUGGUGGAAAUGCAAAUGUCCUUGUAACUGUCUUGAAAAUGAUUGACAAGUAUGAUCUUUACGGGCUUGUGGCCUACCCAAAACAUCACAAGCAAUAUGAAGUUCCAGACAUAUAUCGGCUGGCUGCAAAAACGAAGGGAGUCUUCAUAAAUCCAGCAUUGGUUGAGCCUUUUGGGCUUACUUUGAUUGAGGCUGCAGCUCAUGGGCUCCCGAUGGUGGCAACUAAAAAUGGUGGACCGGUGGACAUCCAUCAUGCCCUGAACAAUGGCCUACUAGUGGAUCCUCAUGAUCAGCGAGAUAUUGCUGAUGCAUUGCUCAAGUUGGUGUCAGAGAAGAACUUAUGGCAUGACUGCAGAAAGAAUGGUUGGAAGAAUAUACACCUUUUUUCAUGGCCGGAGCACUGCCGUACUUACUUGACUAGAGUAGCAGCAUGUCGAAUGAGGCACCCACAAUGGCAAACUGACACCCCAGGAGAUGAUGGGGCUGCUGAAGAGUCAUCCCUAAAUGAUUCCCUAAAGGAUGUGCAAGAUAUGUCCCUUAGGCUCUCAAUUGAUGGAGAUAAAUCUUCAUUAAAUGAAUCUUUGGACUGCUCAGCUGCAGCUGCAGGUGACCCUGAGCUGCAAGAUCAAGUGAAACAGGUUUUAAGCAGGAUAAAGAAACCAGAAUCUGGCCCAAAAGUUGCUGAAGGUGGAAAGAUUGAGACUACACCGAGUAAAUAUCCCAUGUUGAGGAGGAGACGUAGAUUGAUUGUCAUAGCCCUUGAUUGCUAUGGCACUGAAGGGGCUCCAGAAAAGAAGAUGAUUCAAAUUGUGCAAGAUGUAAUUAAGGCUGUUAGGUCAGACUCACUAUUUGCAAGAGUAUCAGGUCUUGCUUUAUCUACAGCUAUGCCGAUAUCAGAAACAGUAGAAUUCUUGACAUCUGCAAGGAUACAAGUAAAUGAUUUUGAUGCAUUGAUUUGUAGCAGUGGAAGUGAAGUAUAUUAUCCUGGAGCUUAUACUGAGGAAAAUGGAAAACUUUUACCAGAUCCAGAUUAUGCAUCCCAUAUAGACUAUCGAUGGGGUGGGGAAGGUCUAAAAAGAACUAUCUGGAAGCUAAUGAACAUGACUGAAGGUGGAGAAAAAUCAAAGGAAUCAUCCAGCCCCAUCCAGGAAGAUACAAAAUCAAGCAACGCCCAUUGCAUUGCAUACCAUAUAAAUGAUAGUAGGAAGGUAAUGAAAGUGCAUGAACUGAGGCAGAAGCUUAGGAUGCGAGGUCUCCGUUGCCAUCCAAUGUAUUGCAGGAAUUCAACAAGGAUGCAGAUCAUUCCUCUCCUGGCAUCUCGAGCACAGGCACUUAGAUACCUUUUCGUGCGUUGGAGAUUGAAUGUUGCAAACAUGUAUGUAAUUCUUGGCGAAACUGGAGACAGUGACCUUGAGGAAAUGAUACCUGGGGCUCAUAAGACUAUUAUUAUGAAAAAUGUGGUGACAGAAGGUUCUGCAGCACUGCUAAGAUCCAUGGACAUGAAAGAUGACUAUGUUCCCAGAGAUAGUCCCUUGGUUGCCUACUUGAGUGGAGAUGCAUCAGCAAAUGACAUCGCGGAUGCUUUGAAGCAAGUAUCAAAAGCAUCUGGAAUGUAAACUGGGUAAAUAUAUAUUUGUUUCAAUACGAAAGUUAUUCUAUUCCUUUUUGUUGUUAUAAGUAAAUAGGAUUCCUCAUCCAUUUUCUGAUGUGGGUUUUUGACACAAUUUAGUAUAUAGAUGAUAAUUCCCACAACAGGAAGAGGCUUGAAGAAAAUUUGUUCUGUAAUAAGACUAACUACCAUAGUCCUCUAUUUAUCUCUACAUGAGAUCUUUCUUCAACUGCAUUUUGAGAAAUAAAAAUCAAGAAUUCAUUUCUUACUU